AACAACGGUGCAGUUAGCAUUUUAGCAUUUUAGCAUGUUAGCAGAGGAACUGAAUUCAUGAUAAAACUUGUAUUAUUUAUAACAUUUGAAUAACAGCAGAGGAACGCCGGACUGACCAUGACGACCGGUGCUGAUGUGAGAGAUAUUCUGGAGCUGGCUGGAGGAGAUGAUGCCGGACCCAUCAGCAAGAAGGACUUCAUCAACUCGGACAAGAAAAAGGUGAAGAAGAACCCAGAGACCCUGACCUUCAAGAGACCGGAGGGAAUGCACCGUGAGGUCUACGCUCUGCUCUACUCCGACAAAAACAGGGACGCCCCUCCUCUGUUACCCAGCGACACCACUCAGGGUUACCGCACGGUGAAAGCUAAGCUGGGCUGUAAGAAAGUUCGACCGUGGAAGUGGAUGCCCUUCACCAACCCGGCCAGGAAGGACGGAGCCAUCUUCCACCACUGGAGACGAGCGGUGGAGGAGGGCAAGGAUUACCCGUUCGCUCGCUUCAACAAGGCGGUGCAGAUUCCGGUGUACUCGGAGCAGGAGUAUCAGAUGUACCUGCACGAUGACGGCUGGACUAAAGGAGAGACGGAUCACCUGUUUGACCUGUGCAAGCGCUUCGACCUGCGCUUCAUCGUCAUCCACGACCGCUACGACCACCAGCAGUACAGAAAACGUUCCGUGGAGGACCUGAAGGAACGCUACUAUAACAUCUGCGGAAAGCUGACGAAGGUCCGAGCCGCCACCGGGACCGAGCCUAAAAUAUACGUCUUCGACGCGGGACACGAGAGACGCAGGAAGGACCAGCUGGAGAGGCUCUUCAACCGCACACCUGAACAGGUGGCGGAGGAGGAGUACCUGAUACAGGAGCUCAGGAAGAUCGAGACCAGGAAGAGGGAGCGCGAGAAGAAAGCCCAGGACCUUCAGAAGCUCAUCACGGCGGCCGACAGCACCACAGAGAUGCGCCGGGCCGACCGCAAGAACACCAAGAAGAAACCCGUGCAGAAACGAGAAGCAGAGAAACCGACACUACCAGAAACUGCAGGAAUCAAAUUCCCCGACUUCAAAUCAGCAGGAGUGUCGUUACGAAGCCAGAGGAUGAAGUUACCGAGCUCAGUGGGCCAGAAGAAGAUCAAAGCGAUCGAGCAGCUACUCACGGAGCAAGGAGUCGAUCUGAACCCCAUGCCCACCGAGGAGAUGGUGCAGAUGUUUAACGAGCUGCGCAGUGACCUGGUGCUGGUGUACGAGCUCAAGCAGGCCCACAGUAACUGUGAGUACGAGCAGCAGAUGCUGAGGCACCGAUACGACGCCCUGCUGAAGGCCGGGGGCGCCGCGACGCCUCACGGCGAAGGCGCGGCCGGCCCGGACGGACAUAGCUGGAUCGGCGCGGACGACAUCAAAACCGAACCCAAGGAGCACAUCAUCGACGUGGUGGGAGCGCCACUCACGCCCAACUCGCGCAAACGCCGAGAGUCGGCCUCCAGCUCGUCCUCCGUCAAAAAAAUGAAGAAACCCUGACCCUCGUCUCCACUGGAACUGCGACGACAGCGGAGUGUCUGAGAUCGUUCGCGCUCGUUCAGCAGGUGGAAGUUUCGGCACCGGGGGGUGCUGUUGGCACUGUUGUGGAUUUUCAGUCUGUGUCACCUUAAUAACACGGUGUCUUUGUUUCUGAGCGUUCUAAAUCUACUUUUUAUUGUUUCAUUGUCACUGUCGAAUGUCGGCACGCGGUUCUAUCGACGAUAUUAAAGGACAAAAUCAGGAUUGUGUCGAUAAUGAACAAAUGGCAUUGUUUAUAAAUUUAACAGUGUAUAAAGAAUGACUUUGACUUCUGUAAAAAUAUAGAUAAAAGAGCUAAAACAUUACAACCACAGUGCUUUCAAAACUGACCCCCACUAGACAUCUGUAGGAGCUACACGGUGUAUAAACGGCUAUAGAACGCUACCAAGAAGAAGAACAAGGGUUGUAGGGCGGCUGGUGCCUCUUAUAACCAUCUAUACGACGUCCACAUGAGACUGUAGCGCCCUCUACAGCCCGACCUCUGUGUUCCUACACAUACCCGCCAUGCUAAUUAUUAUCUAAUAAAUCUCUUUUUUUCUGGCA